CUCGAAAGAAUAUCUUUGACCAACAGAAUCGUCCUAGGGUUGUCUCAUACUCAUCUUCGGAUUCCUCGUAGUUGAUUACCUAUUCCGUAGAAUUUUCAUAAAUUUAUUCCGGCGGUCGAGGAUUCCAAGAUCCUGUCCCUAUGUCGGAAUGGGAAAACUACAUCUCUGCUGAAUUCUGUGGUAACAAGAUUCAGUUACAAUAAAAUGAAGAUUAUUCUCGACACGAUAUUCAUUCGACUUACAGUCAAUGGACCGAGUGAAUCGAUGUGAUUCACGUUAUUUAUUAUAGUCUAUGUCUAUGUUAUACAACAAAAGUUUUCUAACACUUUAUCACAUAUUAGCUGAGAUACGACAUCUUUCAAUAAAUGUAUCAUUAAAAAACGUUGUUUUAUCGAAAAAUGUUCUUUUACGUUACAUCAUAUAACGUAAAUAUCUCGAGAACGAUAAGAGAUCGAGAGGUGAAGUUUUUACUGGUUAUACAACUCUAAGAAGUGUAUCUACAAUAAAAAUUCCAGCUAAAACAAAUCAGCUGUUCAGGAGCUAUUCACAUAAUAAUUUUCAAAAAUUCAGUCUACAGAGUAAGUCAUACUCGAAUUUUUAUUCACGGUACGCCUCCAUAUAAAUACGGUUUUUACACAAUGUGAGGUUUAUAAGUCCGCGACGGUACGCGCUAGAGAGCUGAAGUUUCGUGUGGCAGUGGGACACUGAGAGAGGAGUAACACAUAAAAAAAUUGUCUAAAUCGGUCAACGAGAACAAAAGUUAUUACGCAAAUGCAGCUAAAACUUCAAUCAUACCAAUAAGUUGCAAUUCGUUCGUAUAUAUGACUACCCGCAAAACGGUGAUAGCAAAACAGGAACGACAACAGUCAAGUCUGCUAUACAGGAUAAUUGAAUCGCGUAUCUUCGUGUGGGUAAUAUGAAUAACUAAGAACUUAUAGAUUCAAUUUUAGCGAUAGUGUUAGACUAGAAUAGGAGAUUUCAAAAUCUAAACUAGAAAUUUGACAGGCUCACAAAUGGUAAAGCACCUAAAAUGAUCAAAUAAAGCAAUAAAAGAGAGCGAUUCCUAUGAAACCUUUUAUACGACUCUUUCUUACACUCCAUUCAGAAAACUUCUCAUUUUUCUUCUGUUAUAAGACUAUCGCUUCUGUGAAUACUGAAGGAUGCUUCUUUAACUAAUUGCGCGACAGUGUUGGCACUACGUUUUAAAUUUAAAUACAGUCCCACCUCCUUUUCAAGCUAUGUUUGUGCACGAAAAUAUUCCUGACGGAAGACUAAUGUUACACAGAAAAUUUCCAAGUGUUUUUUUAGCAUGCUUUCGAUACUGAAUUUAUUACAAAUGGCAACCGUAAUCUGAUACCUCAAAUAUCAGAACCCUUAUCAUCUCUUUCGGGAAAGUGGACAAGUCAUGUAAGUAUCAGUUCAUCUCAUGUGUAGAAGAAACGUAAUUUUAAGUUUAAACUAGCAUGAUUCUCAUAAACCAGACGUAGUGUUUGGAAUGUCCUUGCCUGAAAUUGUUAUUAGUAAUUUGCUGGACUUAUCUCAUGAAGACCUUAUAAAGAAAAGACGUCGUCGUCGUCGUCGUCGUCGUCGUCGUCGUCGUCGUCGUCGUCGUCGUCGUCGUCGUCGUCGACGAUACACUCGAUGCACGCCAAUAUCAUUGUGUUUGUGUGGGAUUUUUACUGGUUUCGUUUUAGCUGUUGUCUGUGGUAUCAUUGCUGCAAUGCUUUCGAAGGUGGAUAAAAAGGCUACUACGUCAACAAGCAAUAGGGCACCCUUAGUAACUGUUUGUGGACUAUUUAGGGAAAUUCUUAGUACCUAG